CACAAAGCCCUUCCUGUACCCUCUCUCUACUGUACUCAGAUACGUAGCGUGCCUUUGUGCACCAUUACGACGCGACCCUAAUGGCCUCGUUGCAACUCUAGAAUUUAGUGCUAGUACGGGAACAGGACAGCCGUGUUCACACACACUGCUCGUUUCCACAUGCGUCCGGGACUGAGAAGUAUAGCGGCGGAGAUGCUGAGCGGUGCUACCUGCAGGGCCAGGCCGAGGCUGGGCAGCCUCCUGCUGGAUCCCCUCACCAAAACAGUGCCGCUGAUGUCAAGCCCGGGAAGCCGCAGAUUUCGGUCCACGUCCUCGAUGCAGGGGUUUUCAGAGAUGGCAAGAGAGCGGUCGAAGACUGUCACGUCCUUUUACAACCAGUCCGCAAUCGACGUUUCCGCAGAAAAGGCCUCAGUGCGACUGACCUUAGCAACCCUGCUGUAUUCUGGAAAGUCUCCCGAUGGACACCACGUCUUGAGCAGUGCCAAGUACCUACACAAAGAGCUGCCUGUACGAAUCUCCCAUCGCAUCAAGGGCUUCCGCAGUUUGCCUUUCAUCAUUGGCUGCAACCCCACCAUUCUGCAAGUGCAUGAACUGUACAUCAGAGCCUACCACAUGCUCAGUGACUUUCCCUCGAUCAAGGAUCAGGACGAGGAGGCACAGUUCUGUAAACUGGUGCAGCAGCUGCUGGACGACCACAAAGAUGUGGUCACCAUGCUGGCCCAGGGCUUCAGAGAGUGUCGCCGACACAUCCAGGAUGAGGCAAUCAUCCGCAGCUUCCUGGAUACAACACUGUGCUCUCGUCUGGGAAUCCGAAUGUUGGCCACGCACCACCUCGCCCUUCACGAGGACAAUCCUGAUUUUGUUGGGAUGAUAUGCAGACGUCUCUCCCCAAAAAAGAUCGUCGAGAAGUGGGUGGACUUUGCCAGGCGCCUGUGUGAGCACCAGUACGGUAACUCGCCCAGAGUGAGGAUCAAUGGACACGUAGCAGCUCGCUUCCCCUUCAUCCCUCUGCCUCUGGAUUACAUCCUGCCCGAGCUCCUCAAGAAUGCCAUGAGGGCCACCAUGGAAAGCCAUCUGGACACCCCAUACAAUGUGCCUGAUGUGGUCGUCACCAUUGCCAAUAACGACAUUGAUUUUGUCAUCAGGAUUUCCGACCGUGGCGGCGGCAUUCCUCACAAUAUUAUAGACAAGGUGAUGGACUACCACUUUAGCACGGCUGAGGAGAGUGCACAGGAUCCCCGCAUGAGCAACUUGUUCAACAACAUUACCAACAGUGGAAACCAGUCCAACCCUAUGCAUGGGUUUGGUUUUGGCUUGCCCACGUCCAGGGCCUACGCUGAGUACCUGGGCGGUUCUCUGUCCGUACAGUCUAUGCAGGGCAUCGGCACUGAUGUCUACCUUCGUCUGCGCCACAUUGACGGCAAAGGAGAGAGCUUCCGAGUGUAAAGCUUCGGUCAUCCUCGUAGAUCCCAACCUAGGGAAUCAGGCCAUGCAGCAGUGCAGAGCGUUUCCUACCAGCUACGGCUGGAAUGGACUACAGGACUUUGGUCCACAAAGUGAUAGCCUACACACAGUAUGUUGUCAGAAAGCUCCCAAAUUCACCAACCCACUACUUGUUUUUUGUUUUGUUUUUGCCUUUCUGAUUAUAAGCUAUGUUAGCUCUGAAGUCGAUGAUUAUAGUUGUUAGUGUUUUGUACCCUGUGGCAUGUCGUCUUGAAGUUUUAACAGGAGUAUGAAUUUUUUAAUGUUUAGGUUAUCGGGACAAACUGUGCAUGAUAGUGGACAUUGACGUUAAUGUGGAAGGAACGAAAGAAAGCUUCAGUUUUAAAGAAGUUCACUUUGAAGUUUCAUAGUCUCAAAAUAAGAUCAGACAGUUUGAUGAUUCAAUGUUUCAAAUACAACGUCUGAGAUACUCCAGCAAUCCUGUCAAAAUCUCCUCAAAGUGCCCAAAGCUGCUUGCAUGUUUCACAAUGAUCCAUGUAGUCUGAAUAACGGGAUCCCUCCGCUACGUUAUCGGCUGUUUGUAUCUAAAUCUAAGGUCUACGAGGGAAAACCGCAGUACACAAGUAUAACUUAAGUGCUAAAGCAUGUGCUGUAAAACCUCAAUUCUUGACAAACCAUAGUGAUAUUCUAAAAAACCAUCUCUUGAAUUCAGCUCAGAAAAAAAAAAACUUCCGAAACACCAAAAGCUCAUCUAACAUCUUUGUUCAGCAGUAUUUUUGUGGAGCCUUCAGGCAGAGAAGCCAACCGAGUUGUUCAGUUGCCUUACUGUGUGACGCUAGUCCUUCAACCGCAUGCCGACUUUUCUUGUCUUGAUUUUGUUGCCUUUAUCGGUUCACACAGAUGUACCAUGUCAGUCAGCUUCAGUAGUUUGAUGUCAGAUGUUGUUGGUCUUUGCACAAUGAAUAGAAUUAUUAUUAUUUUUUUUUUAGAAACUGUCUGCACUGUUAACUAUGGACGUUCAGAUCGGCUAAGCUUGCUAGACUUUUUUUUUUUUUUUUUUCUUUUUUUUUAAGUCCAUUUUCUCCAGAGCACAACUUGAUUAUGUCUUGAGACGACAAAUGUACAUACAAUGUAAUUUUUUAUUUUUAUUUACAUUUUUUGUAUUUUGAGUUUUUUUGGAGCUAAUUUAGAAAUUCCCCCAGUUCCCCAACGACUUGUCACUGCUAAAGGUCUCGGGAUGCUUCAAAAAUAACAAUGUCGUCCGACCACUUUGAAAGAAAAGUGUGUUAAUACCUGUUACGUAUGGCCACAAACCUGCCAUGAUCCCCUUAUGGCUGCAUCCCUUAUCACUUUUGUGAUCCUAUAAGCAUAUAGAGUCACUAGUGCAACAACGAGGAUGCAAUCCUUCACAGACGCACAAACGCAACCAUCUUGUUUUUUGCUUUUUAAGCCCGUCAUUUUAAUCAGAAUUACUAAAUAAAAAGGUUAUCUCUUGUUAUCAAACUUUUUUUUCUUCUUAUGUCACCUGAACUAUCUCAUCAUCUAUCCAAAAUCUGUCCAAGGUGGUUACAGUCAUUCCUCUCAGCCUGAAAACUUACAAAUGAGUACCACAAAAAUAAUCAGUUAAAAUAAUAAAACAAAAUAAUCAAGUUGUGAUCUGAAAAUAAUGAACCUAAUGUGUCUAACAAACCCUGGCCUUUCUGAGUCUCCAGUUAGUUAUAUAAUACAGUACAGAGAAUAACCAAGAAGCCAAGUCCUGACGUUUAGAAAUUUGCCCAAAUGAUUAACCAACUCAAGCACUCCUCCUUGUUGUUGAACAUUCCCCAGUGGGCACCAGUUGUGAAGCAACACAUCAACCUGAAUUUACACUUUGUAUCUGUUGGGAGCAUUUGUUAUUAUAUUAGCUUAUACUGUUUUUGUUCUUUUUCAUCAGAAAGGAAAUUGUGAAUCUUGAGCUAGAUGAUAAAUCUAUGAACUUUGGAAACCAUAAGAAGUUAGGAUUCAAAGCAGUUUAUUUCUUUACACAGCUUUUGAUUUUGGAUUGAUUUGAGCUUUAGAAUCAUAUACACUGUAACCUACCUAAUGGAGAAAAUGGCACUGUUUUUUUUGUCUUUGAAAAUCUAUCAAAAGUAUAAGAUUCAGAACUUCUUAACCUUACAAUUUCAGCUACUGGCUCACUUGAAUUUGCCCUCACAAACAAAAUGCAAAAUUAGUUUACAUAUACUUGUUCCUCGAAGCUUGUGAGACAUUAUGAAAACAUAAGUGAACCAGUUAUUUCAGUCGUAAGAUAUAUUAAAUCUGCAAAAAUUUAAUUUGUGAAAGGCUUGUAUUUAUUUUGACAUUGUAUGAAACAAAAAUAGCCCCGUAUAGUUCCCAGUUCCAGAGUGACCGAGAAUGGCCUGUGUUAUCUGUACUUGUGUUCUUGCUGCGGCCGUGUAUAUGCAUUAAUGUGUUUAUUGUGGCAUUGAAGGUUUUGAAGAUGUAGUAAAUAUGUACUGUAUGCAUGUAAAACAAAGGGGGAGUUAACACCACAUAGCUGCCAGACGCUGUAAACAAUGUUUAAAGGGUUGUGUCCAUUUUGAGAUACAUUAAAAGGAAACCAUCAUUAUCAUUCUGAGAUUUAUUCCAAAAAUGGUGAAAUGUUGAAAGUUGCUUGAAAAUUGUGGAUCUGGCUGCCAGGCUGUAGAAUGUAAUGUGUACUGUCUGCCCUCUGCUGGCUCAUAAAGAGAAAUGCAUUAUUUUAGUUUUUGAAGGGGAACAAGAUGUACAACGUAUACGGUCAUUUCUAUUUUCCAUGUGUCUGAUUUUGUAAUUUUUGCAGAUCAAAAUGAGAAUAAACAAACAAAAGAAAUCAUUUCAACAUCCUCUCCAGUACAAAGCCAGAUAUUGGAGUCAUGUUACUGACUAUGUGCUGCCAUGGAGUGUUUUGUCUCCUAGACUGAAUUUAGUUUUCUUUUGUGUUCAGGACUCUUUAGACAUUAAAUUUUACUUGGUUGGAAAUGA